UAACUUGAACAAAAUUGUUCCCGUUUUCAAAGUUGUUUAAGUAUAUCACCGCCUUAGAUAUGGCAGAGGAACCAAAGAAAGACGAUAAGAAGCAGAAGACAUGUAAAAGUCGACGAGAAACUGCAGUCCAAGGAACCAAUGACAAUUCCAUAGUGAGUAAGUGUUCCAUGGCUGCAGUUGGCUAUUUUGAUGAUAUUUAUCUCCAGGAGUUCGUGUCAAAGGUCACUCGGAGGGCACCACUCAUACACAGAGGUUACUACAUCCGGGCACUGACUAUAGACUAUAUCCUAAAAUCAUUCUUAAGUCUACACCAAGGACGGAAACAGAUUAUCUCCCUUGGUGCAGGCUUUGAUUCUGCAUACUUUCGUUUGAAAGCAGCAGACGUUCUGGACAAUGUUUCAUUCUAUGAGGUGGACUUUCCUGAGGUAGUGAAAAGAAAACAUGCUGUUAUUAAGGCCAAGGACAUGCUAAGUGACCUUAUCCCAGGCAUAAAAGAGCAGAGUUCUGACCAGAACUCUCUCAUAGAGAUACACACAGAAGAUUACACACUGGUUGGUGUGGAUCUGACACAGUUGAACACCCUGGAGGCUGUGCUCACCCACUGUGGCGUGGAUUCUGACCAGCCAACCCUCCUGCUGUCCGAGUGUGUUCUCACUUACAUGACACGUCGCUGUUCAUCUGCUGUCCUGAGAUGGGCCUCGGAGACAUUUGCCAAUGCUGUAUUUGUUAUGUAUGAACAGAUAAAUCCCAAUGAUGCCUUUGGAUUGUUUAUGCAAAGACAUUUCCAGGUGGUAGGCUCACCACUGCGAUGUAUUACAUCAUUCCCUACACUGCAGUCACAACGGGAGCGAUUCCUAAGUCUAGGCUGGGAAGAGACAGAAUCACUUGAUAUGAACCAGUUUUAUACAGCCCUGGUGAGAGAACAACAACGCCACCUUGUGGAGAUGAUGGAGCCGUUUGAUGAAUAUGAAGAGUGGCAUCUCAUGUGUGGUCAUUACAUGGUCAUGUGUGGUUACGUUGGAAAUUGUGGCAAACUUCUACAAGAAUUGAGUAAAAUAUGCUUCAAACAUUUGGAUACCACAGAAGCAGACCUUCCACAUGUUUGCAUACAACAAUUGCAUGUAGGUUAUCCUCUGCUGCGAUUCGGUCAUAGCAGUACACGUCUCCAUGGUAGCAGUUUCCUUGUGACUGUGGGAGGAUUUGGUGAGCAGGGUGGUAAACACAGACGUCUCAUUGAUGUUGUUGUAACAGAUCUGGCCACUUUUGAUUCCCGCAUUCAUUAUCCAACUGUGGACACAAAAGCAAUUGAAGUCAAUAGAAUGCAUCAUGUGAUAUGUGCUAUGAAAGAUAAUUCCAUUCUGCUGAUUGGAGGAAGGACUUCACCAAUCAGACUCUGUCGUCAACUUGUUAAACUGAACUUCAUUGGUUUGCAUAAUAACCACCAGGAAUCUACAACCAAUACACAAACAUCAACUGAUCCUUCUGAGCAAUUAUUGAAGAACAGAAAUUCCAUACCAAACAAUUACAGUUCAAAACAAUCAGAGAGUAAUAAGACUAUGGAAGCUGAAUGUAAUAGUGAUCAUGAAACCAAUGUUACUGAUAAUACACUAAACCCUGAACAUUUGAGUGGAUGUUCCUCUCAUAGUAUAGCAGAAGAUGUUUCUACACAUUGUGAAUUAAUUAGUACAGUGAGAAAUCCAUUUAUAUCUACAGCGGCAUAUGUAAAUAAUAUAUCAGAUGCAGCUGCUCAGGAGUAUUGUGAAGUAGAUCAAACUUUGAUAGAACAGAUUAAUCAGAAUAAUUCAGGAACAGGAAAGAUUGAAAAUAGUAGAAAUUUAAACAACAGAGAGACAGUUGCCAAUGAAAAUAGCUGCAGUUCAAAUCACAAGGAAGUCAGAAAUGCUGCUGAAAACAGAAGUGAUGAGAGUGAAGAGAAUUUAAUAGAAAGGAAAGAAGCACUCCUACAUGUGAAUAUCAGUGUGAUAUCAGAAAGUGGCAACAUCCCAUGUCCACGAUGGAGGCAUUCAGCCUUAGUGAUUGACAAGGGUGGUCAGGAAUGUGUUUUCCUGUUUGGAGGUCGGACUGAGAAGGUACUGGCUCUCAAUGAUGGCUAUUUUCUGGAGACAGCCACAGGCAGAUGGACAAAGGUGUCCUCUGUUGAAUCUGCCUUUGUUCCAGUUCCACGACAGGCCCACUCCACUACAACAUGGGGUCAAAAGGUCAUAUUGUCAGGAGGUCUGGACUCUGACCUCCAACCUUUGAACUCAGUUCACACUUUUGACAUAACUUCAUGUGAAUGGAAAACUUUGGAUGUAAAAGGGAAAAUGCUGGGUCGGUACUCCCAUUCUAGUCAUGUGAUUGGGGAAUACUUAGUUCUCAUUGGAGGUGUGAACCUGAACCACACACAGCCAGGAAUAGCUCUUAUCCACCUGCCAUCACUUGUAUGUCUUGAGUUUCCACUCCAGGCCCAACAGAAAGAUUCUAUGGUGAUGUUACAUCGACACACCAGUGUUUACUGUGGAGACUACUGCUUUAUUGUAAUAGGAGGUGGGGGAAACUGUUUCUCCUUUGGGACUCACCUCAACACAACACCUCUCAGGCUUAACCUCACAAACUUGUUCACUAAGAUGGAAGAUCACAUCAAAUUACAAACUGACAAAAAAUAGGGUAGGAUGUUUUUGUGCGACUGUCUGAUGGUAAAAUUUUCUGAUAUAAUAAUAAAAUUCCAAUGUGAUGUUUUUGUGGGAUUGUCUGAUUGUAAUAUUUUCUGAUAUACUGAUCAAUAAAAUUACAGUGUGAUUUACAAUGUGGAUUUCAUUAUAAUACCAUUCAUAGUAAUUGAAGCCGUGCAGAAAGGUCACCUGGUUAGAAGACCACUUUCCUCUGCACCCUUGAGUGGUUUUUAUAAACAGGUGACAUUUUAUACAUUAUUUUUUUCAUACAAAACAAUAUGAGCAAUAUGAUUGUGAUAGUGCACCUGGAAUACUGCUGUGUAACAAUGAUGUUGGGAUAAUAAGUAAAUCAGGCACUUUUCUGUUAAAAAUUGCUUAUGAGUGUUUUACAAGUCCAGAUACACCUCACCUGCCCUCCUGCUGAUAGACUGAGGUUUUCAUACAAUCAAAGACAGAAUUACUCAACGGAACAUAUGCAGACCUUUCCACAAUAUCUACAGAUUACUUGGAGGUGACCUGUACAUUUACUUGUUACUUAAUACUGUGAUAAAGAAAUAAGAUGGAAAUGAUCAGCAAGCUCGUCCAGUAGUUCUUCCUGAAUUUAGAGGAACAAUCUGAAAAUGUUUAAUGGAAUAAUCAACAUUAUUCAAUUAAACAAAUUUAGUGAUAAAAUAUUUACAGCUGUUGGUUAGCAAUUCAGCAGUGUUGUAAUAUGUAAUUCAUGAGACUUUAUACAGAGAUGUUUUGUUAUGUUACUUUGAAAUAUCAUAUAAUUAAUCAUUAAUUUGUGUUAUAAUUAAUGAUAUUUAAUACUAAUUGUACAUUGGUGGGAAAAUAAAGGAUCACUGUAAAAAUGGAAUUGUCUCAAGU